ACACUUCAGAUAUUUUACAACUGUUUUAAAAACAAACUAGCUUUUCCUAAUAAGUAUUUGUUAAACACUUCUGAAAUUUAUUUGACUAAACAUACAUUUAUUAAAAUGUACACUUGUCGCUCCUUGGCUCGAAGUCUGAAUGGUUGCACUCCGCACAUAAGGCAAUUGCUCACCCGAAGACCAUGGAUCCCGGCUCGUCUUCUGGCUAAUCCAGCAGCGAAGGAUCAAAAGGUGAGUGGACCCACGACAAUUGGACCUAGUGGCGAUAUCCUGGUCCCACCUGUGACUUUGAAAGUGAUACCCUUUCGUAUGCCUCCCGACUUGCCCUAUGACGAUCGAAAUAUGCUGCUUGGAAGGGAGCUAUCGCCACAUUUGUCCAUCUACAAGAUUCAAUUGACCUCCACCUUGUCCGCAUUUCUACGAAUCAGUGGGUUUGUUCUGUCCGUUUUCGUUUGGAUCGUGGGAAUCGGUGGGCUUUGCUUGCAAGGCGAUAUGGAAGGAUUUAUAAAAAAAGUCGAACAAUGUGACUGCCACGGCAUGGUGACAAUGGCCAAGGUGAUGGUAGUUUUGCCAUUUGCCUACCAUACAGUCGCCGGCACUCGCCAUUUGAUCUGGUACUUGAACAAGUUCCUCACAAUACCGGAGAUCUAUGCCACCGGCUAUGUGUCUGUGGCUCUAUCCAUCGCUCUGGCCGCCUUUUUGCUGGCCGUAAAUGUGGGCGAGAAGGUUAAGGAGGAGGUUGUGGAUCUGACAAAACCCAAAAAGGGCCAGAAGGCUAGGAAAGAAGACCCGAAGGAUGCGAAGAAAGAUCCGAAGAAGGAUGCUCCUAAGGAUACCAAAAAAGAGCCCAAGAAGGAGGCAAAGGACAAGAAAAAAGAUGACGAAGGCAAGCCUGCUAAGUAAUCAUAAACGAUUGUUUUGCGUUUUAUUAAUUGACUAUAUUUCGAAAGACUUAUUGGAUUCAUAACCACCAUGCAAAAUGCUUUUCAAAUUUAAAUGUCUUAAAUCUAUAAAGUAUGUUUUAAUUAUAUAAUAUAAUUAUAUUUUUAUA